AUGUAAAAUAAGAAUGGGACUCUAUUAGCUAUAAUGGUAAUGAGAGAGUGAUUGAUUAUAGACUGUAGAAAUCACUUAGAAUGAGAGAGAUUAGAUCUACAUUUACGAAAGUGAUGAUCCUCGAGAUUUGGGGAUAGCAUUUGCAUCAAAACAUGACCUUCCUGGACGUUAUCUAUUGAAGUUGAUUGAUAGCAUUUUGUAACAUAAAAAAUAAGCAUAACACACUAUUAAUAAUGAAUAAAAGGUGAUUAAUGAUUAGAAGUCUAAUUAUUUCAGAAAUUCAACAAACUCAACUCCUUAUAAGUAGAAUAGUUAAAUUUCUACUUAAAGUUGUUAAAAGAAGAGUCCUUUAUUAAGUAGUAGAUCACAUUGUAGAGAUUUUUCAUAAGAUGGUAAUGUGAAAGAUUUAUGAUUAGUUGGUAAAAUGAUGAGAGAUAAUAGUGCUAGGGAAAUCAAAUAAUUGAAAACAAGAGAUGAAAAUGAAUUAACUUUUACACCAUUAAUAAAUAAAAAUUCAGAACUGAUUGUUGUAAGAGUUUUAUGAUUCAAUAUUUAUAGAAAUAAAAACAAUUAGAUAAUAGUGUAGAAUAAAGAUUGAUUAAUUAUGGAAAAAGAAAGGAAAUUAAGUUGCAAGAAUUGAGAAUGUAAAAAUUACAUUCUCAAGAUUAAUAAAAUAAAUCAUUCACUUAUCAUCCUAAAACUACUUAAAGAUCUCAUGAGAUUUUGAAUGAAAAGACCUAGAGUAAAAUAUAUAAAGAUAUUUAUAAUAAAAUACCAGAGUAUUAUUGUAAUAUUAAAUUUAGUAAUAAUAAUUCUUAUGUAUUAAAUUUACCAUGUGCUGAUUAAGGUAUUGUUUAAUAAGUUUGGAGAGCAACAUUAAAGAAAUUGUUUAAUAUGCUUGAUAAAGAAUAAAAAGGUGAAUUAAGUACUGAACAAGUAGACUUGUCUUAAAUGAGUUAUGAGAUGUUAUAAAUAGUAGCUCCUGUUUUACUCAUAAUGGAAGAAAGAGGAGGAAGUUUCAGAUUUGACAUCUUUGCUAAAGAAGUUACAAAUUACUGUGUGAAGCACAACUUUAUUGAAAAUUUAUUUUCAUUACUAUUAUAAUGA